GUUUAACUUUCAUACUCAACUUCUUCAUCUCGCGCUCGAUGGUACAACCUCGAUUUCUUAUGCUUCGUAGAGAAGCUAUCAUCACAGCAACAACAGAAACAACAUGAGCUUGAGUCAGCAAAAUGUCGCCUCCACUGUUGAAGACCAUACGCACAUUGAAGGAUUCCACAUUUGAAGCUUGUGUCUGCAUCAGUGCACAUCUGAAGGCAUCUGCAUCUGCUUCCGUAACAGCAGGGAACGGAGCCAAAGCUGACAGAAAUGACCUCAAAUCCUUGACUAUCGAGUUAAGACUCCUUGGAGGCACACUUUAUAGUCUUGAGUCCCUCAUCGUUGAAUUAUCUGCAGACAAUGAUACCGCCGAUAGCACCCUGGGUAUCACCCCUAGCGCCUCAGGAUCCGAAAAUGACCCUUCACAAGAAUGGCCAAUUGUCGAUGGGUAUGAGAUACUCCUCACUGCCAUAAAGUCAUUUCACCACCUCGCCACUUCUGAUGGGAUCAAAGCCGCCAGAUCAUCACUCCAUGAUAUUCGAUCCAAACUAGCCUUCGUGCUCGGAAUCUCAGACACUCUCGAGGAUAUCUCACUUCGGCUCACCCUACUCGAAUCAGAACCAUUGCCCCAACUUCUGGUCCAGAAGGAAUAUGACCCAGAGGCUAUCGAAUCACCUGUACAGACCCCCUAUGACGAUGAACAGGGAGAAGCAAGACCCGAAGAUGUCUCCGCUUGGCUGAAUAUCCUUAAUUCGCCUGAAAAUGAUCGCGAACCCGCAGAAUAUAACAAAGAGAUCACAUUAGUCCAGUCACGCCGCAUAAUAGAGCCAGCAUAUAGAAUAGCGGCUAUACGGUGGCCCAAAUACGCAGAGAUCUACUGGCAAAAACUUCGACCCCAAGUCUGCUCCCUCUUCCGUAUGCAAAAGUCGUACAACUUUGUACAGUGGGUUCUUGAGUAUGCCAGGGAGACAUACCCUCGAACAUUCGGCACGAUGGCCCUUUCGCCAAGAUGUCUUCUCGAGCUAACUGAUGCGCUCUGCGACGGAUCUGUCUUACCACUUCAUAUUGCUGCUGCCCUCGGGUUGCCUAAUCUUUGCAGAGACCUUCUUUCAAUGGGCGCCAACGUCAACCAACCCGGUCUUCUCGGCACGCCACUAUAUUGCGCCCUCGUAGGCAGCAAGGUUCUUAUCACGCGUACGGAGCCAGUAUCAUGGUCGACUCUCCUCGUUGGUAAUGACUCUGAAAUUGAUCAGGCGGCAACUAUCCUAUUGCUUGUCGAGAAGGGCGCAGACUGCACGUUUCAUUAUUCUUGGAAAAAUGCUACUGAAGAGGUAUCACUAGCAGGCUUGGCGUUUUGGACUGCAAUGAAGACCAAACAUGAAACAAUCUUUACGAACAUCAUCAAAGGAUUUACAAAUGCCAGCCAGGGAUCCACUGACAUCGCUAAAGGAGGUGCGCUGGACCCUUCUUUUUGUCUCCUUUUACAGCGAGAGCCUGUAGUCAAGCGCGGUCUGCUUCAUCGAACUCGGUUUGCCCGUUUGCUCACAUACAUCUAUGAUUUGACACUGGUCGACAUCGAAAGGGAGUCCACAGAGCACAAUUGGCUCCAAGAGCUGGUAGCUCGACUCAUGGUGCACGCCAACAUCAGGCUUUCCCCCUUGGCUGAUGGAAAGGUGGACACAUUGAAAGACAGCAACUUUGCGGCUGUCGUUAGGACUGCUGUUUUGGACUUCAAUGUGAUCUUGGUGGAUCGUCUGAUCAAAGACCCAAGAUUCUAUCCCAACUUCAAAUACGAUAAGGAAGAGACUCUUCUCCACAUGGCUGCUGAGUCUGCACAGAAUGAGAUUCUGGACAUGCUGAUUCAAGCUGGGGCCGAAAUCAGAGCCAGAGAUUCGAGUGGUCGCACACCACUCAUGGUCUGUAAUGAAGUUAGUCCUAUGGCUAAGCUGAUUCUCGAACACGCUGCACCGACUUUUGACAAGGAUAAUGGCGGCCGCAAUGUUUGGCACUACUUCGCCGCUACUAACGAAGACGACAUACUCAGAUUCCUGUGGGACAACGAUCCUUACAAAAUCCGCAACUUGAACGCCGUCGAUGAAGAAGGGUAUACGCCACUGCAGUCAGCGUUUUGUCACGUCGAGGCUCUUCAGCAGUCUCCCAAGACCUCCACGGCCGCCGCCCCGUUUGCAGCCUGGUUUCUGCUCGAGAAAAGUCAAGGGUAUCUACGAGCGGAGGGCAACGAGAAUCUGGCUCGAUGGGCCGUCGAAUGGGGCAAUACGGGGCUUGUACAACAACUGUUCCAUCUCUUUCCUCAGGCUAACAUGAAUGAUGAAUUACUCCUCAAGUCACUUAACAUGUCGGCUUGCCCGGAGCUGGUCUCAUUGGUACUUGACAGGGCUGGACCCUCUCGGCCAUUCGCUGAUGGCACAACGGCAGCAGAGACAGUCAUCACAAACGUCAAGCUAUUGAAGGAAGGUCGAUUGACUAGUAGCCCAUCGUCACACCCAUCCUGCUCUCCAAGCAUGACACGCAGCGCCUACAUGCAGCUUCUUACGCCAGAAGUCCUCAAAUCGCGAGACUCAACUGGACGAGGCAUUUGGCUGCGGUUUACACAGGAUGUCCUCCCAUUGCUUAGCAGACAUUCGCUUGAACAUCCUACAAACCUCUAUUUCCUCACCUCUUUCAUAUGCAUGGCUAUAUCGUGCUUAGUGAAAGCCGGGGCCCUUGCAGAUUACGAAAAAGAGACUAAAAAGUGGGCGGUCAGCUGUAUAGCAACGAAAGGGCAGGAGUCUGUCAGUCUUCCGAGAUGGGAGACAUGGCACAUCCCGUUUGCCGCCGCUAUCUUGGCCACUUGGUUGGACGACAAGAAUCUGCAGGACGGCGAGCUAGGGAUCAUGGGCUUUUUCAACGAAGACGAGGCGGCACAUCUGCUAUCGAAGGCCGUCAGCUUCCGCAUGUCAGAAUUCGUCAAGCUACUCGUUCAAUGCGGCUGCAACGUGCACAAUCCUCGGCGGAGCCUGGAAGGGAAAUCGGUCUUUGAGACCUUCCUAGCUGAUAACCAGCCCUUGGACGUUGGCAUGAUUCGACCCCUUCUCUGUGGCACGAAGCCACAUCAGAUUAGGCAGCAGCAACACUAUACCUUCACGGAGCUCGUACGAGUGCCCGAUGAAGCGAUUGCUGUGGAGAUUUUAGGUCAGCUCAUUGAUUGCGGAAUGGACGUUGACGGCUUGGAAAUUACUCCUGCUUUACCAUUGAGGUCGCCCGCAUCAUCCCCGUCCUUGCUCACGAUAGCGAUCUGUUCAAAGAGGAUCCUCCUGGGGCGAUUGCUGAUUGAACGAGGCGCAGAUGCCUCUUUGGCGCCGCCAAAUUCCAUCAGUGCCUACCUUCUUGCCGCUAAGCUUGGAUAUGUGGUUAUCCUUGAAAUGAUCAUCGAGAAAGUCGGAUCGGCAGAGUUUCCUUGGCUAGGCGUUUACGAACACAUGGAGGAUCGCGACACUUACAAUGCCUUGCAGUUCGCGGCAGCCGGGGGGCAUCGUGAUGCCCUCACAACACUCUUAGAGGCCACACCUCUAGCUGACAAGAUCACCGCUACUAGUCCAAGAUUUGGCAGAACAUGCGCCCACCUCGCUGCAAAGGCUGGUUCCCUGGAUUGUGUGAAGAUAUUGAAGAGAUACUCGGAAAGUCUGUUCAGUGUGAGAGACCUGUCAGGAAGAACCCCUCUGUUCUUGGCAAUCGUUGGUGGCAAUCAAGAAUUGAUUCAGUAUAUGAAAGACAAUUUGUUGGAUUACGAUAAUCCCCAGGAUAUGGGUAUCAUCUCAUUGAACCCAGUCCCAGCCCAAGAUGACAACUCUGACAGUGAGUCGCUGCCAGAGUCAUCUCAUGGCGAAGCAACCCACGAGCAGAAAAACUCCGAACCAAGACAACUAGGCGCCAUGAUAGCAGAUACGAUAGACCGUUAUCAACUAAGCCGUGACCCUUUGUUCACGUCUAUCCUUGACCACACCUCACGGAAGGACUUAGCGUCUGCCAUAAUGCCUUGUGGAGGCUGUACCCUUCUCAGUUACACGGCAACGACCAACAAGAUCCGACCUAUGCUAGAACUGGUGGAGUUGGGGUUUAGUGGUUUCGUGGCUGGGUGUGAGGAACAUUGGCCUCAUGGCUACAACGCACUUCUUAGCGCAUGCCUGAAUUUUCGAACGCUGAUGGCAACCGACAUUUUUAUCCCUCCAGAAAAAGCACACUCCUUCUUCAAACUGUGCUUAGAUGGUUAUUUGAAAGCGAGGAUGAUAUGGUUCCAUCUCCCAAUCUCACCGAUCCAAGCCCUUUUCAACUCCUCCCGGAAUAGUGGCCAUGAUAUUAUUGAACAUCAGAUACGGGUACUUCAGAUAUUCAUCAACCAUCUAACUGAGCAUGCUCAGGUAUACUGGGCUAAGAUUAGGGCUUUUGGGCUUACUGCUGGGUUCGAGUUCUCUGCAGAUGAGAGCAUUCAAGAGAAAGUUCUACGUUACGCUCUGAACUUGAGAAAGGAGGUUACUUCGGGCAAUACUGACGCAACCCACAGUACGGUUCUGCAUGAUGUGAUACAUUGCCUUGCCAGAGAUGGCGGCCAUCAAUUUUAUGGCGCAACGACAUAUCACCAAGUGGCCAAACUCCUCAUCAAAAGCGGAGCCGAUGUCAAUGCGCAAGACUCAAAACUUGUAACCCCCCUACACCUGGCUGCUGGCUAUGGUCAAAUGGAUAUGGUGUUGUCACUCUUGAGAGCGGGCGCCAACCCGAAUCUUUUGUGUGCCCACGGCUCAUCAGCCCUGGAGCGAUCUCUCGCCCACGGCGACCUCCAAGUAACUCGCUGCCUAUUGGAAAAUGGCGCAAGCCCUGUGACAUUCUACAACAUUCCUUUCGAAGCGGUUCAUGGCGAUGUGGAUGUCCUUCGCCAGUUGAUUGAGCUUGGGGCGGAUCCCUACGAGGCAAGCCCAGGCACCGGAAGUACUCUCACGAGUGCGAUUUCUGGGGGUGCCGAGGGCAUGUCAUUUGUACUGAACGGAAACUUUGACUUUUAUCGACUUGCAGAACAGGAACCGCUCUUAAUCAGCGAGAUUCUUGCUAAUAGGAAUUUAUCGCCCAUGGAGCUCAAAGCGAUCAUCAAGCGCAUGCCACGCAAGUAUCGUGCUCGCUUAGUGAACUCUGAACCGGAGGAGAAAUACACUCCAGCAUGUUCCGUUAUCCUCGAUGACGAUCCGAAGCUCCUGCAGGUGCUACUUGACGUCGGUCUCGACAUUGAGCGCGAGUGGCAUGGGAAGGGAACACCAUUGAUGUUUGCUGCUAGCAUCGGAGCCUUCAAAUGCUUCAAGCUCCUUGUCCGUCACGGUGCAAGGCUGGCAUACCUCACAACCGGAAGACGAGGUGAAGUCAUUGCGAGAUCUGUCACCGAAGCAGCAAAGCUCUACCCCCGCCUACUUCAAUGGGCCUUGAUCGAUCGUCACUACGAGACAAAGUGUCUCACACAAGCAGCACACAACGGACCUUUCGUCCCUAUAAAACCAUGGUCCGGCCGACGAAAGGCGGCAUACAAAGUAUCAGGCUGCGGUGAUGAAAUCCCCGAGCUGCCAACAGAGUCUACGAUGGACUUGCUCACCCGAGUUGCGAGGAUGAAGAGGGGUAUGAGAGGGAGAGUAUUGCCUGUCCUCCUUUGUGAUUUUGUGCCGGGAUUUGCGCAGUUUUAGUUGUACACGCGCACCCGCAUGUAUGUUGAGAAGCCAAAGGUUCCGAUGCGUAGAGCCUAGAGGCCUUCUGUAUGAUUACUUACUGGGGAUUGCUUUGUAUGAUAGGACGGGAUGCAUUUGAGGCAAGGUGUUGAAAAGGACUGAUAGGAUAGUUCAGAUGAUAAUUGUAAUUGUAACUCAAUUGAAGACAUGUAUUGUAAUGAAUUGGCGCCAAAACUGGAGGCAAGAAAAUUUGGGACCUUGAUCCCAAACGACAAAAAGACUUAGGCAAGUUUAGUCUAACUUAGUAGGUCUUUAGACUAUUUCAUUAUGUCUCUUGACCAAGACCAGUAGCAUCAGCGUAGCAAAAGUCUCGCCCUAUUUUAAAUGAGUUUUAAACGCAAGACCAGAAGAAGCAAGUAUUUAGGUCCUAUCUUUGACCUUGUCGGGGUACUAAUUCAAUGCCUUGACGAUGAACAGUGGCAGGCGAGGUAACGCUACACUCGAACUAAAAAAGAAAAGACCAGAAGGCAUACCGUGAUAUUAUCUAGAACAGACUACAUCCUGGAUCUACCAGUAUUUUAAUCAUGGCAAUGAUGUAGGGUCGAAGAAUUGGAGCCUUUGUAGCGUCGAGAUAUUCAAACUUGUAUACAAGAUGAUGGAUUCGAGGGAGUGUUGGAUAUCGAAUGUAGGAUCUCCCGACCCAAGCAACUAGAAGAAAAGUACAAUGGUCAAAUCGAGUUAAUGUAAAGAUUGUAAGAGACAUAACACUGAAUUGUGCUCAGUCGAGGAAACCUGAGGAGAUGUAUCGAUGUACAGGAGGACGAGCCUGCGAGGCAAGGGGCUUCAUUGUGAAGCUGAUGGAAGAUAGCUGUCUGGCCAGGAGUGAUUAUACAUGGACGGAAUAUCAUAGAACUUAUCUGCAAUCUCAAGGUUGAAAAGAUCAUAAACGCAAAGAUAGCUUCGUCUCUCGGCAUAUCACUCGAGUAUUGGGGGAUGGGGAAGAAAUUGUCAUCUGAAUAUCGUCUUUGAAUUUUUGGAGCGGACAGCUUCUUUGGUCGAUGUAUGAGGAUAGAAGCAGUUGAAUUUGACGCUGAUUGGAACCGAAAGAGAGUCGAGGUCAGGGGUGUAAAUGUUGUGACAUACAUGAUGGAAAGCAAGCUGUGCUGGUCCUGCUGGAGCUGGGAGUACAUAUACCAACAACCCACUUUGUCGUAUUUGAAAAGAGUACAAGGUUUUUGGUCAAGUCUUGCUUUUGAAUAUAUAAUUCACUCCAAAAGCUUCAGAGGGAACCGUUUGGCUUGGAAGAGUAACAAAUUGCUGUUUCAUUAAUCUGCGGCCAUUUCACAGUAAACAGUCAUAACAUCAUUUUCAUCAGUCAACCAAUUAUCUUCUACCCAUAAAGGUCGUUUUAAGUCCAAGAUAUAAGAGUACUUUUUAUCUUUACUCAAUUCAGUAGAAUUCAGUUGUAUCUUUCCAUCACGUCACUAUCGUCAUGUGCCUGCCCUAUCUGGUUUUGAGAACCCGGAUAGACAAGUGAGCACCUUGAUGGACAACCCUGAUGUCUUUUCCAGUGCCAACACCACCAAAUUUGAUGCGAUGGCCUCGAAAAACAGCCAGAAACAGAGUUGAUCACGGAUAUUGUCGAUGCUGAUAUAGUGUGCGUUGCAUCAUUGUUGCAGCGUCUAGCGGGAGGACCCUGGGGGUUGUUGAUAAGGCUGAGACGGUGAGAAAUGAGUAUAAGAAUGAGGUCGUCCCUUGGUUUGACUCUUGGAGUCUUCAAGAUGAACAAGCACUUGCUUGGUCAUUGAUCGCCGAUUACAGGAGAAAGUCUUGAAUCGCCCUGCACCUGGGAGAGAAUACUUCUCUGAUCAGUGUCAGUUUGCUAUGCCCGAAAAGUCCCAUGGAUCGGUGGACUCAAGUUCUUCCAUGGAAGUAAUAUAACAGCAGCUCGACUAUCUUCAGCCACCAGCCUCGAUCAUCACGGAAUCCGUCUCUUGGAUCGAGAGAACUCGCCUCCUUUUGUUCAUCGCUUCCUUCGGUCUCCCUCGGUACCGACCUCGACCUCAGCCCGGACUCAACUCAACUUCCCCGACCGUGGAUACAACAUUUACCUCAACAAGCUCGCCCACGCCCUCUCGCAUGGUCCACGACCCAUAGCCCCAUUAUCACGGCCUUGUUACUCUUGAGUCUCACGACGAAGCCAUGUCCCUGAGUCCCCCCACGAGAGAUAUCCCGGUUCGACUUUUCAUGAUGAUACAAACUACCCAGCCGAGUUCCGAGACCUUGUCCCCAUCCCACGCCUUUAGAUUAUUAUGACUGGAUACAAGACCAACUCAGGCGUCAUUACUAUCAGCUCGGACCGGGUGGGGAGACUCUCGGUUCCCCCGUAUGGAAACGAUGCCUGGAUCCCGGAUUGCCUCCGUGUGAUAGCGGACUUUGGUGUGUGAUGAUGAUGUAGUGAAGUAGUUGAUGCUCAUGAUGAGAUGACGUUGUUCUGCCCUUGGUGUGUUGUAGAAGGGCAGAGAGAAGACGCUUGGCUUCGGCUGAUCCAAUAAUGAUCACUCUACCAGAGAUACCUGGUGUUGAAGACAGUAGGCAUUCUCAUGUCUUAGCAUGAUCGUCACGCACAGAUGUAAGUCUCCGCCGUUAUCUCUCAUGUCCCAGCUUCAUUCUUUCUCUAGCCCCUCUUUCUCUCCGUUAUUUCCCUCAAGAUAUCUUCUUCCCUAUCAUCAUGUCCGUUUGCCGCGUUAGACGUGGGUCACGACAGCUCAUCGUUUCCCAUGGAUCAAUCACACACUCUCGAUCCCAUUUUCACUCCCACAUCCGCACCCACACCUCCGGUAGCCCGAUGUGUUUCCCAUGACUAAAGUCUCAUCAUGCACGGGCGUAAUAGUCCUACGCUUUCACCAGUGCUUUAGGAUAUACUUUCACUGCCUUGUGUUUCCCAUCCUCACUUGGUGUAAGAGGACCCAACACACCAAUCAUUGCCCAAUCUUGCUAAAGAUGCAUGCGCGGGAUGCAUGCAUGAAUGGUACAGAACUGAUGGAUUCUGAACCGUCAAUGUAUCGGGUUUUGUGGUCCCCAUCCAUGCCCACGUUGUUCUCGAUUAUCCCUCAUCGAUUCGUCUCACUUGUGCCUAUCACACUCCGUUGUUGUUGAUAGGCUUGUUCAUCACACUGGUUCGUCACGUUCACGUAUCACGAUGAUGAACUAGCCCUCGUUAUGCAGCUACUGCAUGAUUAUCUUGACUGUUGAUUAUCAUUUCAGCGGCAAACGUUACUCGAUUGUCGUUGGCUUCACUUUAACAUGAUCAUCCAUCAGACAUAGCUCGUCUGCUAUUGGUUGCCUCACAUUAUCCGUCCGUCUCGUUGUCUUGGUUCACUACCCCACUCGGCGAAUAAGUCUAACUCUUAUUCCUCACAUGUUCAUAUCCGUUCUCAUCGCUUCCUCUUACACCUUCUCACUCUGUGUACCCCCAUCCGGCAUAUCGAUUCUCUUGAUUCGUCCACGUACAGGACAAGACAUCUCGGUAGGCCCAAAGGGGAACUACCCCGGCUUCAACGCAGGGUCUCGAGGUACAACAUCCUUCUUGUCUUUCUCUUGCAACCCUAGUUCAGGCCCCUACUCACCGGUGUGGACAAGGAACGAAGCUAUUUUAGUCAGUCCGGCUUGAGCCGUUCUAAAGCUCUAUCAUCGCUGGGAUGAACCCCCACUCCCAAUUGUCCAAGUUCCAUAGAAGCCUGACUUGCUUCAGGUGUUGCCUUGUCCCUGGCAGCUAGACUGAGCUAUCGGAAAUCGGCUCAAGCUAAGACAUCCAUAGAUACUGGGCAUGUCUUGAGAACUACAUCUGCAUGCGUUACGUGGCGAUCCCACUGCGAGGUCAGCAGCAGGCCUCAGUAGCAUACCAAUCCUACCUAUUCUGGAAAGAAACUGCCAGUUCCACAUCUAAUGCCGUUCGGUUCAAUAGGAUCAAGUCUGUAUUGCAACGCUGGCAGCCAUGAAACUCGUUUCGCAGUGGCUGCAUCUCGGGACGGCGCGAGUAGAGCUUGAGCUUGAGCUUCGCGGUGGAGAGCUCUCCCUGUAGUGGAGGCUCGGCGCAACCACUAUGCAUCAUCUCGGCCAAUUACAGAAACAUGGGCCUCCCACAUCGUACAUGGGCAUGCGGGGUGAAGGUCACUUUGACUUGGGAGGACCCUGAGACUUGGUUGGAUUCAAGACAAGUUGGUGAUGCACAUGGAGUGGAGUCACUCCCACCUUCCUCCACGCCCAUGCCCACGCUGGAUGCGAUAAUCAGGCAACUGAGAGAUGGAGUAUGAUGGAAGAUGGCUGAGAAUAUGAGGGUUGGAAAAGUAUAAGAAGGGCGGUUCAUCUCGCUCAAAUUGGGUUUUGUUCAUCAUCCAACAAUCUCACUCUUCAACACACUCAACACUUACAACUUUUUCGAAGACCUUCUUCACCAACAACUAUCAACAUGUCUCCCUGGUGAGCUCCUCUCAAUCUGCCACUGCAUCUUCAUGCUCCUCGAGCUUGAACGAGUUGUAGUGAUGAAACACCGAAUGUUUACUGACAGUAUCUAGCUCUUGCUGUAACCACGAGGCCUCUGCCUGCGGCCAAAACUGCUCUUGCUGCAAGCACUAAAUUCCUUCUUCCAUCACCAACGACCCUCGGCAAUGACAACCGCACUCGCAGGCCUUCAAGGACCAUGCUUCCAUGACACGAUACAGGAGGACAUCUCGAUGCGAGAUCAUCAAUGCGAGAUCAAUGAGCAAGUCGGAAGUACAAUGGAAAGAAUGGAAAGAAAGAAAGAGGCAUGCUGGCGAUGAACUGGAACCGCCAACUUUCGAUGGUAGCGCAGUUUUAGAGACAAUUGAAGCUUGCAUGCCUUGAACAUGAACCUCAUCUCAUGUGAUAUCCUGACUCGCCUUACAUGGAACUGGCCAAUAGCACAUAGAUCUCGAUUCUUCUAGUUAUUAUCGGAGCGACAUGAUAUUGUGUAUGGUGAGGCUAUUAGAGUUUCCUAGCUCUGUACUAAACAACGUCACACGCAAGAGAUAGAAGCAGAUGAUCCUUGAGAAAUCUGAGAUAGCCGCUGCAACCGUUGGAGGCUAAGCUGGAAUUAUGCUAGAGAUGGAUAAGAUCAGAUGAAUUUGACCCCUCUUUUGGGCUGUUUCAUGGAGACGACCGAAAGGAUGGCAUUUCUGGUUCGGAUGUUGGCAUGGAGGAGCGCGACGGUCCGGUUUGACAUGGGUGCGAUGCUGUUCACCCAGUGAAAGGCAGUCAAAGGAUGAAUGAAGAGAAGUAACAGUAGAAUAAGGAAUGUGAGAUUAUCAGAUUACCAUGAUUCUAUAGGGUAACGUAGAGACAAAAGCAAUGUUCCCCGCUUCAAGGCUGACAUGAUCUACACCAACCUGUUCUACGCAGAUGGAUCGAUAGGC